GCAUUUCAGUGCUCUGCUCUCCUCUCUCUCUCUCUCUGCCGCUUCCCACGCGUGGCGCGCUUGCUCUCGGCGAGAAGCUUUGGGAGAUGCGGAGGAGCAGAGGCCAUGGAGUGGGACGAGGAGGGCGUGUUGUGGGUGGUGGAGGAGGGGUGUCCGCCCCCCUCGCGGCGCUGCUGUGCUGCCUCGUGGCCCUCGCCGGCGCCGCCGCCGCGCGGAGCCCCCGGGUCCCCGCUGUCUACAAAACCCUAAGCGGUGAUGCUCCCCUCGUGGUGGCCAAAGGUGGCUUUUCAGGAGUAUUUCCUGAUUCCAGCCAAGGUGCCUAUGCUUUUGCGUUGAUUGCCAGCGCACCUGAUACAACUUUAUGGUGCGAUGUUCAACUAACAAAGGAUGGUGUUGGAGUUUGCCUUCGGGAUAUAAAUAUGCAGAAUUGCACCAAUAUUGCUGGAGUCUACCCUGCGAGAAACAGGAGCUAUGUCAUCAAUGAUGUGCAAAAAACUGGAUGGUUUCCUUUGGACUUUAAAAUGGCGGAGUUUCAAAAUGUUAUUUUAACACAAGCAAUUUGGUCUCGCACCAACAGAUUUGAUUACACCGAGUAUUCUAUCCUCUCUGUCACUGAUUUGCAGUCCCUUGUCAAGCCGCAUUCUGUUUGGUUGAAUGUUCAGCAUGCCAUCUUCUACAAACAACAUGGUUUGAACAUGCGGAACUACAUACUUUCCAUCCAAAGACGCGUCUCUGUGAAGUAUAUCUCGUCACCUGAACUGGGCUUCCUCCAAAGUAUAUCUGGAAGAGUUAGUCGAAGAACGAAGCUUGUGUUUAGUUUUCUUGAUAAAACCCUACCUGAUCCUUCUAUAAACCAAACAUAUGGUUCUCUGUUGAGUAAUCUAACGUUUAUUAAGUCUAUUGCUUCUGGUAUAAUGGUCCCUAAGAGCUACAUAUGGCCAGUGACAAUGGAUAACUAUCUGCUGCCGCCCACAUCAAUCAUCACAGAAGCCCACAGUGCAGGGCUUGAAAUAUAUGCCUCUGAUUUUGCAAAUGAUAGAAUUAUUCCCUAUAACUACAGUUAUGAUCCAUUGGCAGAAUACCUAAGCUUUAUCGUGGAUGGUGGCUUCUCUGUUGAUGGUGUAUUGUCAGAAUUCCCAAUUACUGCAUCAGAGGCUAUCGGUUGUUUUGUUAAUCUGAAUUCAAGUAAGACUGAUCAUGGAAACCCCUUAAUUAUCUCGCAUAAUGGUGCUAGUGGGGACUACCCGGACUGUACGGACCUGGCCUACCAUAAUGCAAUCAAUGACGGUGCAGAUAUAAUUGAUUGUCCUGUUCAAGUUACUGGUGAUGGAGUUCUUAUAUGCAUGAGUUCCAUUAACCUGCUUAAUACCACGAAUGUUCAGCGAACACCUUUCAGUUCCCGUGCUUCUAUUGUUCCAGAAAUUCAGUCGACACCAGGAAUAUUCACAUUCAACCUCACUUGGGACGACCUUAACAAUAGUACUUUGAAACCCAAGAUAUCUUCCCCAGAGAGUAGCUAUUAUUUUAUAAGGAACCCAAGGUACACAAAUCAAGGGAAGUUUCUGAAGUUAUCAGAUUUUCUAACAAUCAGACAGGAUAAGGAUUUGUCCGGUGUCAUGAUCAUUAUUGAGAAUGCUGCAUUUUUGGCAAAGUCAUUAGGAAUUGACAUUGUUGAUUCUGUAACCACCGCCUUGAGUGAUGCUGGUUAUAAUAAUCAGAGUACCAAGGAAGUUAUGAUCCAGUCGAAAGAUAGUGCUGUUCUUGUCAAAUUGAAGCAGCAGAAAACGAAAUGCAAGCUUGUUUACACUCUCCCGUUGGACAUUGGGGAUGCAUCUGCUUCCUCAUUAGUAGACAUGAAGAAGUUUGCUGAUGCUGUAGUUGUUGACAAGGCAUCUGUUUUUGCGCUAAGUGCUGAAUUUAUCAUCAAUCAAACCAAUCUUGUGAAACAUCUGCAGUCAGUGGGGCUAGCUGUGUAUGCACAGGUGUUCCGGAAUGAAUUUGUAUCACAACCGUGGGAUUUCUUCUCUGAUGCAACAGUGGAAAUCAAUAACUAUGUUCAAUUGGUUAAUAUAUCAGGCUUCAUAACUGAUUUCCCAAAGACAGUCAAAAGAUACAAAAAAAACUCUUGUACAGGUUUGGGAAAGGACAUGCCCAGCUACAUGCAGUCUGUUCAGGUUGGCUCUCUUGCACAGUUCCUCCGAACUUUUAAUGCCCAGCCGCCAGCUCUGGUGCCAAUGCCGACACUGAAUGCAUCAAGCGUGGAGGAGCCACCACUUCCUCCUGUCACGUCAAAAAAUUCGUCUGGUGGUGCCUCAUGGGGCGCCCCAACUCCUAGCGCACCGCCUUCUGGUGCUCACAUAGCUUCUGUAAGCACUGGCAAGCUGCUUGUGAUGGUUUUUGCAGCUCUGCUGAUCUGACCAGACACAUGAAGCUGUAUAGCAGGCGAUUAAAGUUAACACAAUGUCAAUUGAAUUCGGGCAAGCUUUGUUGAUCAAUGAUCUGGUGCUACUGGGCAUUUGUUUCAGCAACUGUUUUGGUAUAUGCCCGUGCAUUCGUGCUGUAUAAAUUCGUCAGUAGAAAGGUUACACUCUCUAGCGAGCAUGGGCCAUGGGGUGUUGAUACAUUAGUUUUGGAGGCCACAGUUCAUGGUGUACGCAGCAGAUCAUUGCUCUGUAUAGGUUCUCAUUCUGUAUAUCUUUCCUCAUGCUCGUUGUAUUCAGUUCAGCGCUUUGGCGUCGCCCAGCGCCAUUCCAUCUCCUUUCUGUUUGUACGGCACACAUGUAGCUAUAUUUAAAUCAUGAACAAGGCUAGUGCGUAAUGCUAACCGAUCCUGUUGUA